AUGUACUCCGGAACCUUCCUGAGCGCCCUCGCAGCGCUUUCCGCCGUGGCUUCCGCCGGCAAGACGCAGACCGUCACCAACUGGGGUGACAAUCCCUCCAAGCUGCCAGGAGUGCUCGUCUAUACUCCCGACAAGCUAGCUGCUACGCCAGCUGUUAUCCUCGGACUCCAUCCCUGCGGCGGCACCGGUCAGAUGUACCAACAGAUGACCCCGCUCAACUCCUACGCCGACAAACUCGGCUUCGUCGUUAUGUACCCGACCUCCAACUCCCAACAAGGCAUGAACUGCUGGGACUGCCACACGCAAAAGUCUCUGACGCACGAUGGCGGCGGCGACUCGCAGGGCCUGGCAGCAAUGGUCAGAUGGGCGCUGAAGACGUACAGUGGCGACGAGUCGAAGGUCUUCGUUGUCGGGGGCUCCUCCGGAGCUAUGGAGUCCAACGUUCUGGCCGCGACAUACCCUGAUCUGUUCAAGGGUGCGGCCUCGUACUCUGGUGUGCCAGCUGCUUGCUGGGCUGGGUCUCCGAUCUCCACGCCGAUGUCCUCCGAUCUGUCCUGCCCAAUGGGCCAGAAAGCCUCCACGUAUUCGGCGCAGAAGUGGGCCGAUCUUGCACACGGAUGCGACCCCGGCUACAACGGCACGUACCCGAAAAUGAUGGUAGUCCAUGGCACGGCGGAUACCGCGGUCACGAUCAACAACUUGAAGGCUCAGCUUGACCAGUGGAGCACCGUCCUGGGCGUCUCCUUCUCGAAGAACGUUACCAACGACCCGAUCACAAACUGGAAGCGGAUUGUCUAUGGCGAUGGCACGAAGUUGAUUGGAUUUGAGGUCCAGGGUGGUGGUCACAUUCCUGCUUUCCAGGGUGAUGCCACCAUGAAGUUCUUUGGCCUGAUGUAAGAUGGAGGUUGAGAUCUUUGGUGGAAAGACGUUCCUUGAGGUGCUGUCAUAUAGCUCAUGCACUUCCACACGGUACACUAUAUAUUGC